GAGCACAUCACUAUUUCCAGAACGCGUCGAACGUCGUUUGUCGAAUCGACGAAUUUCUUUUAGAGGUAAAAAUACAAAAGUCCAUUUUACGUGCCUUUAUUUAUUACAAAAGGAAAAAAUCAACAAAUAGUUGUAGUUAUGGGUGAUAGUGACGAUGAAUAUGACCGUAAAAGGCGUGACAAAUUUCGAGGAGAAAGAGGAACUGCCGAUAGUAGCAGUUAUCGAAGCAGCGAUCGUCGUGAAGAGAGAAGUCGGGGCCGUGAAGAAUGGUCUGAGAGAUCCCGUGGAGGUCGAUCUGGGCCUGACUACAGAGACUACCGCAGUGGGGCUGGAGCAAGUCGAGGAUACUCUCCAGUGAGAGGAGAGGGGCCUCCUAGCAAACGCAUUCGCCCUGACUGGCCUAUAGAUGACAGAAGAUAUGGAGGGAUGCCACAUGACUCAUAUGGGUCAUAUGGCUGGGCUCAUGACCAUUACGGGCCUCAUCCAGCUCACCAAGGAUAUGGACAACCAAUGCCACCCGUACCAGCUAGGGAUCCAGUGCUGCCCAUGGGUGCAACAGAUGGGCCACCAUCCAUGAUGUCUUUUAAAGCAUUUCUUGCUGCUCAAGAUGACUCCAUUACAGUGGAUGAUGCCAUUCUGAAAUAUAAUGAAUAUAAACUGGAAUUCAGACGACAACAGCUUAAUGAGUUUUUUGUUGCUCACAAGGAUGAAGAAUGGUUCAAGAUCAAAUAUCACCCUGAAGAAUCCGUCAAACGUAAAGAAGAACAAUUAGGAGCUUUAAAGAAUCGUCUGAAUGUCUUCCUUGAGCUUCUCGAAGGCGGGGAGCUGGACAAAGUUUCUGUUGACGUGGAUAAAUCUGAGAAGUUAAUCCGCCUCCUAGAUACAGUAGUUAUCAAGUUAGAAGGUGGCACUGAGGAAGACCUCAAGGAGCUUGAUGAGCCAUCACGCUCUGAGAAUGUUAAUUCCAAUGACAAAUCUGAUAGAGCCGACUCAGAUAAGCCAGUAAUAAUAGAUGUUGAUGAAGUAAAAGUGAAGGAUGAACAAGAAAAUGCGGAAAAGAAGGAGACAAAAGCAGUAUCGCCGAAACCAACGGCGCCUUUGACGAUGGAAAUCGAUCCUCAUUUACGACAGCUACAAGAGCAAGCUAAAUUAUUCUCUCGCUUCAAUUCCACUGGCGAGGAACAAGAGGCCGAGCCAGAGGAAAAGGAACCUCCUCCCCCAGGAUCGUCUUCUAGUUCAUCAUCGUCCAGUUCGUCUUCCUCAAGCUCCGAAGACGAGGGCGAAACUGGCACUCGUCGUAAAUCUAAAUCAAAGUCGAAAACACCAGACAAAUUGCCAGUUCAAAACCCGAAAUCCAAGUCUCCAAGUGCAGAAAAAGAUGGGGAAUUAGUGGAAAACGCAAAAGAAAAUGAAAAGAACAAUGAAGAUAAAGCAGAAUCUGUCACUGAUGUGGUGAUUGAGAAAAAGCAGUGUCGAGCUUUGCAUAAAACAACAUCAAUAUUUUUGAGAAAUCUAGCUCCAACUAUCACGAAAGCUGAAGUCGAAGCUAUGUGUAAACGCUAUGGUGGCUUUCUACGCGUUGCCUUAGCAGAUCCUCUGCCCGAACGUCGUUGGUUCCGCCGCGGUUGGGUCACUUUCCGCCGAGACGUCAAUAUUAAGGAUAUCUGUUGGAAUCUUAAUAAUAUACGACUGCGCGAGUGCGAGCUGGGCGCGAUAGUGAACCGCGACCUGCAGCGGCGCAUCCGCGCGGUGUCGGGUGUGACGCUGGAGCGUGCGGUGCUGCGCGCCGACGCGCGGCUCGCGGCGCGGCUCGCGCAUCUGCUCGACGCGCGCACCAAGCUUUGGGACACAGACCAACAGGAAACCGACGCAGAUAAAGCUGAGAACUUUAGCCUUAUGUCUAAAAACCCUGUACUUCAUAAAAUCACUGAACAUCUUAUCGAAGAGGCUUCAACUGAGGAAGAAGAACUCCUAGGAUUGGAUGCUUCAUCAGAAACAACCACAGAACAACCUGACCCAGAACUGAUUCGUGUUCUUGACCGCCUAGUGUUGUACUUACGUAUUGUGCAUUCAGUCGACUAUUACAACCAUUGUGAAUAUCCUUAUGAAGACGAAAUGCCUAAUCGGUGUGGUAUCAUGCAUGCUCGCUCAGGACCUCCGGUUAAUAAGCCAACCCAGCAAGAAAUACAGGACUAUAUAAAAUCGUUUGAGGGAAAAAUGUCUGCUUUCUUACAAGAUGUGAAACCACUAUCAGAUGAAGAACUGCAGAAACUUGGUAUCAAGGACCAAGAUGCUGAAGUCGAGAAGUUCAUCCAAGCUAAUACUCAAGAACUAGCAAAGGACAAAUGGUUGUGCCCAUUAAGUGGGAAAAAGUUCAAGGGACCAGACUUUAUCAGAAAGCAUAUUUUCAACAAGCAUGCUGAGAAGGUGGAGGAGGUGCGGCGCGAGGUGUCGUACUUCAACGCGUACGUGCGCGACGUGCGCCGCCCGCAGCAGCCCGAGCCCGCCGCGCGCGCCCCGCCCGCGCUCGCGCCGCAGCCCGCGCCGUACGGCGCGGGCGCGGGCGGCGCGGCGGGCGCGCGCGGCUGGGGCUGGGGCGCGUGGGCGCCGCCCGCACCCUACGCGCCGCGACACCCGCGCUUCUCCAGGCCCAGGGGCGGCGGCGCCGAUUUCCGCCCGGUCAUACACUACCGCGACUUGGAUGCCCCGCGUGAACCCGACGAGUUCAUUUAACUUGGAUCCCUAGCCUCAACGACUUGCCAAAGGACCCACAAUAUAUUUUAUCGUAUCUAAUGUGACGCAAACUAUUGUAUGCCAGACAUUAAUAGUUCGUAGUAUUGUUUUAUUUAGGUAUAAGUCACAAAAAUUCGUUGAAAAUGUAUUUUUCAAAUAUAUCUUAUUUUAUUGGAA